CGCUCUCCUUGGUUUUGAACCAGUGUGCCACACUGCGGCGUCAGCGCGCUUUGCCAGAGCCGUACGAGCACUGCAUAUUGCAAAGGAGACGAUCUCUCAGCCGCGCGCCAGCCCAAAAGCACCACUGCGCGGCUCCACACUGCAAAACCGCCCUGCCACAGCAUGAGGGGCAAAAAGAUGCAAGAAGCAACCACGCUAAAACGCGUCAAGCCCGAGCCGAGCGACGGCACGCCGGCGAACAAGCGCCUGAAGCCGGACGAGCUCGAGCGCGUCGUGACGCCGGAAGGGGAUUCGCAGCAAGUCGAGAUCGACCACGUCGUCGACCCCGAGACGCGCGCGCGCGAGGCCAUCCGAGCGGCCGAGGCCGCAGGAGACAUCAUCGAUGUGGACGCCCUGGACGACGCCGCCGCGGCGCCGCUGGUCCACGAGCCGGCGACGGCGCCGAAGGAGAUUGUGGUGAAGGCCGAGAAGCUCCAGCAGGCCAAGGACGCGACCGCGGCCCGCCAUGCUGCCGAGGUGUCGUAUCAAACACGCGUCUGGGCCCACGACAAGGCCGAGGCGGCUCCUUUGGGCCAGGGCCGCACGGCCAAGAUCAAUUGCGCCUGCGUCAUCGCCGACGCGGACGCCCAACACUUGGAAGUCGGGCGCGCGGCGUCAGGCGCCGGGCUCGCGGCGCUAAGAAAAGCGGCGCCGGCGCUGGACUCGAUCCUUAGAGCAGGCGGCGGCCAGCUCAUCGCGGCGACGGCGACGCCACAAGCCAUGGCCGCGACGGAAAAGGGCGAGACCAUCGUCUCCUGUUCUGCCGAGGCCACGGUCAACGCGGCGAUGGUCGAGCACCGCGGCGGCCACUACGCGGACGGCCACGCCGGCAUCGAGGACGCCGUCGGCAGCGUACUACGAGCCACCGACACUACCGUAGCCCUCUCUCUCAAGACCAGUGGGCUCGACCUGCCGCCUAGGGCACAAAGGGCCAAGUGGUCGUCACUAAGGACGUGCGAUGGGCUCGCCGACGCCUUGGAGACCGAGGGCGGCCCCAAAAAUGGAGACGGUUUGCUGGAGGGUGUUGAAUUAGGCGACUACCAGAGAGAAACGAUAGCGUGGCUGGUCGCGCGCGAGACGUCAUCGAGAUCCAUGGAGGACCUCUUCUCGUCGAGUUUCUCGAAGGACCUCGCCGUCGUCACGCUGCCGGCGCCGCGCUUCCGGCACGACUGGCCCAAGGGCGGCGGCACGGAGGCCGAACGCGCCCAGCAGAGAGCUAAAGCAGACGUGCGGUGCUACUUCCGGUCGCCCGUCGCGCGGAAACAUCGGGGAGGUUUUUUAGCGGAGGACAUGGGCCUCGGCAAGACGCUCGAGGUUAUAUGUCUGACGCUGGCGCACCCGGCACCCGUAGCAUGGGUCGCGGCGUCUAGAAGACGUAUCAAGGCCACUCUCGUAAUAGCGCCUCCCUCGCUCUUGAGCCAGUGGGCGCGCGAGUGCCGCCACCGCGCGCCUCAAUUAAAAGUGCUCGAGUACGGCCUCCAGGCCACGGACGGCGUGUUACGACAGCGCGGCGCCCGGGAAGCUGAUUUGAUCCUUUGCGCCUACGCCGCCGCGGGUGCUCUAGGAGACGACGUCGAGUUCUGGCGCGUCUGCUUGGAUGAGCCCCACGCGCACUUGACGGCCCGGCCCACGGCGAACGCCAUUAACUUCUCGCCAGCUGUGUCCGUGACGGCGGCGGUCGACGCGCCUCAUAGGUGGUGCGUCACGGGCACGCCGGUCACGAACUCCUUAUUUGAUUUGUUGGGGCCGCUCGUCUUUUUGAGAUUGGCGCCCGAGUUAUUAUCAUUGAACUACUUCCGCUGCAUCCUGGCCAACAACUGGCUCUCGCCCUUCAACUCGACGGCGGAGGUCAUGUGCUCGUUACUCAAACCUCUGGUCGUGCGCCACUCGAAGAACGCGGAGCGCGACGGGGCCGCCUUGGUCGCCCUGCCUCCACUAGAAGCGCGCGACGACCGCGCCGUCCACGUGAAGAGCGACCUCUUCGACAAGCUGGCGGCGAAGAAGCAGCCGGAGUGCCGGCUCCACGCCGCCGCGCAAGCGCUGAAGCCGCUGGAUUGGUUGUGCGCGGGCGUCGAUCCCGCGGAGCGCCACAAGCACGACUCCAUCGCGGGCGCCUCGAAUUUGGAUAAAUUGCCCGUCAACGUGCCGCGGCGGCCGGACGCCGAGGCCACGGCCGACACGGUCGCGACGCAGGACCUGCACGCGUUCCGCCGCGACCUCGACGAGAACCUGCGGAGCCGCGGGACGGAGCGGCGCUGCGUGUGUUGUUUGCGGACGAACGUUGGGAGCUUGGCGCCGCGCGCGCCGGCGACGUGCGGGCACCUGUUCUGCGGCGAUUGCGUCGAGAGCCUCUUCGAGAGGUGCAAGUCCACCUCCGAGACCGUGGAGGGCGUUCAGUACGCCGUUCCCGACGACCAGCUCAAGGCCGACGACGUCGUCCGGGACCGGCCCUACCUCAUGGUCACGGGCGGCUUCCCCUCCGGUUUACAUAACUACGCCGAUCAACGACGGGCCACGGAGGCGCUGGAGAGAUUGUUUGCUCCGUACUGUGACUCGCGCCCGGAGGUCCGUUUAUCCGUCGAGUACGGCAAGGACCCGCGCGCGAAGGUGAUCCUGGCGUCGCGCGAGCAGGAGGACCGGGCGGCCCAGGCGUUACACGGCAAGGACGCAACAGAAGUCUUUCCUGGCGCGGACUUCUCCCACUACGAGGACGAGGUGCCGCCCAUUUCCGUGGCGCGGCCCCACCGCACGCUCGCGUCGGUCGUGUGCCCCGCGUGCAAGGGUCGCUUCUGCGCCGAGGACCUGUUGGACCUCGAGGACGAUGUAUUGGAUGUGCCGCAGGGCGGGCGCUGGUCCGUGGCCGUCCGCAACUUCGCGCUGACACGCGCGCGACAGAGAGCCGCGCGGCGCGCCGCGGAGAAGGCCGCAGUCAACGAGGCCUACCUGGCACCGGCCAAGGCCAAGGCCGAGGAAGUCGCGAGCUGUGUGGAAAUCAACCAGUGCGUCGGGUGCUCAUUUCUCGGCGAUGACGCGGCCGUCCUGGCUCGGUCGAGCGGUGAGGAACCGGCAUCACCACGUCAUCGAGCAGGCGUUGCGUCGAUGAUUUUGCACGAACGCACCGUAAAUUUUUACUUCCACACAGGUCGUGAGAUUAGUAACGCAAGAUGACCGGAAGGCGAUUGUCUUCUGCGACCAGGCCGAGAGCGUGCCGCUCGUAGUUGCUGCCCUAGAAACCGCCGGAGUGGCCGCGGCGUCGUUCACCGGUGCGGCAUCGCGUGCGAAGCGAGACAAGGCGAUUGCCGGCGAUUGGACCGUGCUCGUGACGACUGUCGCCGCGGGCGGCGUAGGUCUCAAUUUGACCCAGGCGUCGCGAGCCGUCUUCUUCGAGCCGCUCCUCGACCUCGCCGCGUUCCGCCAGGCGAUUGGUCGGGUCCACCGCAUCGGGCAAAAAAGAUCGGUCGCGGUCCACGUGCUGGCGGUGGCCGGCACGCACGAGCACAUCGCCCUCGACCUGGUCACGAAACGCAUGAACGCGACGGACGAUGAGGCCGACCAACGGGCCCUGAAGCAGCAGCGGCUCUGCAAGACUUUUAAAUUGCUCUAGGUCGACUCGGAUGUACGCGGCGGGGC